GCGGAGGAGAGGGGGUGGCUGCUGCCGCUCCGGGAGGGCCGGGAGCCUUUUCCACGUUUGCAAACGCAGCUGCGCCCAGGCCGGCUCCGCGCCCGCCGCGCGCUCCUCUCCUCGCUUCCCCCGAUGGCGUUCAGGGCCCGGGGCUGGCGGCCCCCACCGCCGCCGCUGCUCCUGCUGCUGCUCUGGGUGACCGGGCAGGCAGCGCCCGUCGCGGGCCUGGGCCUGGGUUCCGACACGGAGCUGCAGAUCGAGCGACGCUUCGUGCCCGACGAGUGCCCGCGCACUGUGCGCAGCGGCGACUUCGUGCGCUACCACUACGUGGGGACAUUCCCCGACGGCCAGAAGUUCGACUCCAGCUAUGACAGAGACUCCACUUUCAACGUGUUCGUGGGGAAAGGACAGCUGAUUGUAGGGAUGGACCAGGCUCUGGUUGGUAUGUGCGUGAAUGAGAGGCGUUUCGUGAAGAUACCUCCGACGCUCGCUUAUGGAAGUGAAGGCGUUUCUGGUGUGAUCCCCCCUAAUUCAGUGCUUCAUUUCGAUGUCCUCCUGAUGGAUAUUUGGAACGCUGAAGAUCAGGUUCAGAUUCACACUUACUUCAAGCCCCCCAGUUGCCCUCGGACCAUCCAGGUGUCGGAUUUUGUAAGGUACCACUACAACGGAACGUUCUUGGACGGGACGCUAUUCGAUUCGAGUCACAAUCGCAUGAAAACGUAUGACACGUACGUGGGGAUCGGCUGGCUGAUCCCCGGGAUGGACAAAGGGCUGCUGGGGAUGUGUGUGGGGGAGAAGCGUGUUAUCACCAUUCCUCCUUUUCUGGCCUAUGGAGAAGGCGGAGAUGGUAAGUCCUUCUAACCUUCUGAGCCUCUCGUGUUUGAUGUUGCGUUGUUGGACCUUCAUAACCCCAAGGAUGGCAUUUCCAUUGAGAAUAAGGUAGUACCUGAAAACUGUGAGCGGCGAAGUCAGAGUGGGGACUUCCUCAGGUAUCAUUAUAAUGGCACACUUCUGGACGGCACCUUCUUUGAUUCCAGCUACUCCAGGAACCGCACCUUUGACACGUACAUCGGGCAGGGCUACGUGAUCGCUGGCAUGGAUGAAGGUUUGCUCGGUGUGUGCAUUGGCGAGAAGCGGAGGAUCGUGGUCCCGCCUCACCUGGGGUAUGGCGAGGAAGGGCGAGGGAACAUCCCUGGCUCGGCCGUGCUGGUGUUUGACAUCCACGUGAUCGACUUCCACAACCCCGCGGACUCCAUCAGCGUCACCUCCCACUACAAGCCCCCCGACUGCUCGGUGCUGAGCAAGAAGGGGGAUUACCUCAAGUACCACUACAACGCCUCGCUUCUGGACGGGACCCUGCUGGACUCCACGUGGAAUUUAGGCAAAACAUAUAAUAUCGUUUUGGGAUCUGGACAAGUCGUGUUGGGAAUGGAUAUGGGUCUCAGAGAGAUGUGCGUUGGAGAGAAACGGACGGUGAUCAUUCCGCCCCACCUGGGCUAUGGGGAGGCUGGCGUGGACGGAGAAGUGCCUGGCAGUGCGGUGCUGGUGUUUGACAUCGAGCUGCUGGAGCUCGUGGCUGGCCUGCCUGAGGGCUACAUGUUCGUAUGGAACGGAGAAGUGUCCCCCAACCUCUUUGAAGAAAUUGACAAGGAUGGCAAUGGAGAAGUCCUCCUGGAAGAGUUCUCAGAGUACAUUCAUGCCCAGGUGGCAUCGGGCAAAGGCAAACUCGCUCCCGGUUUUGAUGCCGAGAUGAUUGUGAAGAACAUGUUCACCAACCAGGACCGGAAUGGAGAUGGCAAGGUCGUGGCGGAGGAAUUUAAACUCAAAGACCAGGAGGCCAAACAUGACGAACUCUAAACCUGCUGUGAGUCACUCGUGUGACACCAAGCCCCCCGUCGUGGCACACCGUGCCGUGAGGGCGCGAGGGCCUCUCAGAAGGCGAAUCGUCAGCAAGUGGGAGCGAGUCAGCAUCUGGGGCAUACAUCAGGGGUGGGUCGAUGCACACGGUGAGAAUUUUAGGCCGAAUGCCAUGAUAUUAAACAAAAUCGGUGUGAGGUGCCUUCGCGUGGGCUGUGUAGGAUAUCGAAAAGGCCGCACUGCCAAUCAUUGUUUUGUGAGCCUUUGGGUAGUUUUGUUACUAACGGAAAAUAGUGUCAUACAGAAGUUAAAGCUAGCUUUAAGGGAACAGAAGAAAAAGUGACCAGGAUAUUUAUGUAAAGAGGGUUAGGAAAAAAAUUUUUUUAACUUUGCUGACGUGUUUUUUUUGUUUUUUUUUUCUUUUUUAACACGUGUUCUCCCAAUGGGCAGAAGAGACAUAGGGCAUGCCCCAGCAGGAUUUCUGGAAAGCCUCAGAAAACUUUUCUCAGUGGCCUGUACAGGCUCUGGUGAUGCCCAGCCUCCACCUUCCCUUACACACACACGUACACACACACGCUUUUCUAGUUAAUCACACCCCACAGCAUUGUGGUUCCCUGACUAGCCAGGUAACUUGGAGGUUAAAAAGAACAUCAGUGGACCAAGCAAAAGGUACCUAGGACCACGGGUCGAGAAUCUGUUUCUGCAUUUGCCACGUGAGAUUAUCUGCUUUACUCUUUCUUAUUUCCGUCCCACUGUCCCGUAGUGCACCCUGUGCCCUCCCUGACCCCUUUGAUCAGACAGAUAUGCACAGGGCUGGUGGCUAAGCCGGACUCCGGAGUAUCUCACUGUGGCCGAGGUGCAAGUGUCAUCGUAACAGAUGAGCACAGACAAUGUGACAUAUUUCUGCUGCCCAUGUGUGUCCUAGAGAGGGAGGUGCCCCAAAGCCCGGAGCUUCUCCCUGCACAGGAAAGCAAGGACACGGUAACUGCUGGCCUGUGUCGCCAUGUGAUGCAGUAACCACCUUGUCACCUUAUGUCCUCUGUUCCCAACUAGUGGUGGCACUCACCCUGAAGUAAUCAAUGAUUUUUUUUUUUCUGAAAUUGCUUUAUUUUACUAAUUUAAACUGUUUUGUGCUGAUGUAGCUCCACGAAGAUGCCAUGCACUCAUUCAGCAGAAUAAAUGUUGGAAAACUGA